GCGAAGACCGCUGAGAGGGUUGCAUCUUUCAGCUUCAGCUCCGAUUUCCUUCCUUUUACCUGCAUAAACUCCACUCUGCACUCCACGUUUAGGCUGAGCCUCCAGUGUCUUCCAUCCCAUCCCAUCCCAUGCCAUUCCAUUUCUCUUUGGAUCAGAUUCUUCUUCCGUUCUUCUGCUGCAAGCACUUCUGCUUAUUGACCUGCUUCUUCCGGCUUCUGGUCCGAUUCGAAGCUUGAACAACCCCUCCUCCCUGCCUCUUCGGACGUCAUCCUGGCUGGUGAUGCUCUCGUCAUUCUCAACAACAUAGCGUCUUCCGAUAAUCUUCAACUCACUGCGCUUCGAAUUAUUGACCUAAGCGCUGCUUGUUGCCCCCACCUAACUAGAUUUUGGCAACAUUGACGCAUUCCUCAUAGACACCCACACUCUGUGAAUACCUUAGUCCAAUACCUCCAGCACUGGAGAGAGUAAUACGAUAUCCUUGCUUUAGUGGAAAGCUGAAGGCUGUAGCCUAGGACCCAACACGAGCAACCGCCUUCUGUCUUUCGCACGCAGCUACUGGUCUCGUCGCCAAGGCUCCAUAAGCUUUCCCCUCCACCAAACUACCUACAAUCGACGCCUAGCAACUCUUGGAUUCAUGAACACCACUACUUCGUCAAUUUCCCGGCAUUUACGCUCAAUUCUGGCAUCGCAACUCUCUACAUAUUCUGGCUCUGGCGUAGUCCGACGUUUUCGUCGCCAUCGGGGCUCAGCCAGCCGCCCCCUCCGCUCCCGAUCCCGCUUCGUCGCCGUCAUCUCCCCCCACUCGACACCGCCGCUCUAGGUACCGUUCCUCACUAGGAUACUCGGCUCACAGGGCCUCACAAACCUUAAGUCUGACGCUGCAUCAACAAACACACGAUCAUGUCGGGCCCUGCGAGCGUGAGGGUCUCGGGUCCUCCAAACAGUAGCUUUCUCGUGGGCUAUCCUGGUAUCUCUGCGACUCUGCCGCGCAUCGAAGGGAAAGUCGAAAUUCGCCCUGGCCAGGGUUUUUCCAUGCCCGUACCUGUCUCCCUCGUUCGAAUAUGUCUUCAGCGCCGAGAAACAAUACAUCCCGAUGCCGAUAGCAUUGCGAAACGACAUCUAGGCGCCCCCCGCCGCGAGACCACGGAUCUGGUCGGAAAAGAGCAGCUUCUCUUUCGCUGCUCAUCGGGAAAGGAGGCUGAGAGGAUCAUUGCCAUGGAUCUACCGUUCGUUCUGUUUAUUCCUUUUGGUCGCGGCGGCGAAGAAUCGAAUCGGCGUAUACCUCCAGCGUCCCUCCAACUACCCAGCCGAACCGCCGAAACAUACUACGAACUCGUCGUUACUGUUCAGCAAGGCCACAGCAACCAGUACAAGUACACCUUUCCCAUACCUUUACAACGCUAUGAUACACUUUCCACAUUUGGAAUGUAUAACAAGCCCGAAUCCAAAUUGGUCACCAACGAUAAUAUCGUACACCUCGGCAUCAAUCUACCACGGUGGAGCUACGGCCCCAAGGAUCCCAUCACAGUAUAUAUCAAACUGUCGCCAAACCUCGACUGGUUAAGUAAAGCCAAACGUGUCACAAUUGAAAAGAUUACCUUGACUGUCGAGGAGGAAAUCACAUUCAACCCAGAAGGUGAUGAACCUACGAAGAAGAUCAACAGGGUCUCGAAACAGACCCAACCAGUUAAGACAAAGAUGCCAGAGGCGGGUUACGCCACGAAUAUCGGGCUGGAUUUUCCAUCCAAGGAUCUGAGAGAUCCAGACGGUGUUGUCAGGCGGGGGAAGCCUCAAUUUCCUCUUUACGAAGUCACAUCAUUUACCACGACUUCUACCCUUUACAAAAUCGAGUUCUACUUGGUUAUUAAGGUCAAUCUUAGUGGUGCUCGAGAUGUAAUGAUACGACAGCCGAUUGUCAUCUGCCCCUUAGAUCAGCAGGCCUGUAAGGAAGAGAUGGAUGCUAUAGAACAGGCGGCCAAAGACGCCUCUCACGUCGAUCCGGCCAACCCGAUGCUUCCAGCGCCGACUGUUAUUCUUGCCAACGACCGCGAUUCAUUACGAGCAUUGGGCCUAUGCAUGGUUGGAGGCCAGAAGAAGCCAUUCAUUGAAUGAUAAACUAGGCGAUCCAGGGAUGGUUUUUAAGAACCUUUUUGCCAGGCGCCACGCUCACCCGAAGAUGGCAGGACGCCGUUGCGCCAACGAGCCGCAACUGAAGCCGCGUCGGGAGUAUGUCUCCCAUGCCAGAUCUAGCAUAAUGGCACACCGGUAGAGAAACAGGUCGCACGACGGCAUAAGAAAGGACCUGGCAAUAACGGAACUGAGCUAUCGAGGUUUCCCUCCAGUUGAAGUAUACCCAGAGGUGUUUGCAUUUUGGGGAAACUGGCGAAGAAGGGAUAGGGCUCUUAUACUAACGGGCAUAGUUCAUGGCGUUCCGGGGGCGCUUCGGUGAAGGGAAUGAGCACAGGCAGUGGGCAAGUGCACGAUGUAAAUGUUCUACACGUUGUAGUGAUAUGAAUGAAAUAUAGUGAAUCUUAUGAAGCCAUGAGUCUUACGGGCUGGUCUAGCUUAUGAGUAGAGUUAGUUCACAACCACAGCAUGAGGAGCUAAAGUCGGCCUAAAGGAGAUCGUACUGAGGGAAACACUUUCGAAAGACAUUUGCAAACAAUAGAAGGUCAUUGUAUUCGAGAUUUCAAUAGGAGACUUAUUGGAGACUGCAGAGAGGUUUGACCUGAAGCAUGAUCCCAAGCAGCACAUUGUCUAGAUCCUCAAUUACGUAGCCA